AUGGAUUUCGAUUUAAUGGCAUAUUUCGUAAAUAUAAAUGAACAAAUAGAUGAAAUCGAAUUAAGAAAUAAUUUCCAAAGGCCAACGUAUGAUACUUUUGCGUUGACGGAUAAAUUGUUUAUGAAAAAUUUUCGGCUCUCAAAAGAAAUAACGCGGUAUUUGAUUAAUAUAUUAAAGCCAUUUAUUGUAGUUGAUACCCGAUUGUCUUCUAUUGAUAUCCAAACAAAAGUUUUAGUAGUUUUAAAUUUCUUUGUAACGGGGUCGUAUCAAACGUCAGUCGGGAAUAGUCGAUUAAUGAAUUUGUCACAGUCAUCUGUAUCUAGAUGUGUAAAACAAAUAGUUGCUGCUUUGAACCAACCCGAAAUUUUUAAUACUUGGGUAAAAUUUCCCAGUAAUAUUCAAGAGCUUGAUGAAGUUCGCAACGAGUUUUAUAGAAAAACUGGAUUUGCUGGAGUUAUAGGCUGCUUAGAUUGUACGCACAUAGCUAUUGUUUCUCCUUCAAAAAAUAUGAAUCUUGUUGAAAAUCAAUACCCUGAAUAUAUGUAUGUCAACCGCAAGAACUAUCAUUCAAUGAAUGUUCAGCUAGUAUGUGAUUCAAAUCUAAAAGUGUUAAACGUAAACGCACUGUUUCCCGGAAGCACUCAUGAUGUUCAUAUAUGGAACAACAGCAAUGUUUCAAUAAUGCUCAAAGAACUGCAUAAUCAUAAUUAUAGUGACUACUUUUUAUUAGGCGAUUCGGGUUAUCCUUUACGUCCGUGGCUCCUAACACCAAUAGCUCAACCAAGAACAGCAGCCGAAGAAAAUUACAACAAAAACCAAAUGUAUGUAAGAAGUGUAAUAGAAAGAUGCAAUGGUGUCCUGAAAAUGCGGUUUAGGUGUCUUUUGAAGGAUAGAGUACUCCAUCAUAAGCCAGAAAAGGCUACUGCUAUAAUUAAUGCAUGCAUUGUUCUACACAACAUGUGCAUCGAGUACAAUAUUUCUGAAGUAAUGGAUGAAACUAUAGACGAAUUUGAUUUGGGAAUGUAUCACAAUCAAGAACCACUCUAUGAACAUGUAAAUGAUAACCGUAAUAGAGAUUUGAUGUUAGGAAGAAGACAACGAGACCGUAUUGUAGGGUUUCUACAUAAUCGAAACGUACCACAAACGUAA